AUGGCCUCGGCAGUGGAGAUCAAGAUCACCCUCUGUGUGGGGCAAGCUAAUGACGCUCUGAAUACGCUGCGGACGCAGCUGAUCAUGAGCUAUACUUUCCGGAAUCGGGUGGCAAAACGUGACAAGCAGGUGGCAGAAGGACACGUUAUGGCGAUGAGGUCGAAGUCGGGGAUUUACAGCAAGGAGCGAAGUGUUCACAAUGCGGCAAACGAAUACCGACGGACCUAUCAAGCACUGGUCACCCUCAGAUACAAUAACGAGGAACAGCAGUUGAAGCCUCUUGAGGACAAGGAUGUUAGGCCCUUCGACAUCAGCAUGGACAAUCAAGAACUGGGCCAGAGCAAGAGGCAGCCGUCUUGGAUCUGGGACGAGCUCGAGUUUUUUGACACUACCAAGGUGUCAGAGAACUUUGAAUCAUACGCAGAGGAAGGCAAGUACAGAAGGGUGUAUUUCAUCAAGGUUCAUUGGUUCCGGAUGAGUGCGCUAAAGGCGAGGUGGGAAGAAGAGGUAGUGGUCAUCCAUGAAGAGAUGGCCCGUACGGUCCGCUUCUUCAAGUUUCACCAACACUUCUGGCUCGAUGUUGGCGAGAAGCAUGAUGAAUCAGGAAUGAGGGGGCACGGCGCGUAUGCACGAAAGCAAGCAUACAUGUAUGAGCGACUUGUAGGCAGAUGCUCCUCGGCAUUCAAAGAUAUUCCGGAAAUCAAGGUGUCCGAGAUACACCACUACGUGGAAGAUGAAACAGGUUGCUAG